UUACGUAGGCUCGACCUCACAGACUCGCCAUCUCUUUCUUCCCUCCCGCGCUGCUCCUCCCUACUAUGGGGAUCUCCUCCUCCUCCUAGCUAGGUUUCAGCGAGUCUCGGGUCGGGUCGGGUCUCUCACUGAACUCGAACAACAAUGAAGCACAGGAAUGACGUCAGCUUCCCCAAGUUGCUCAAGUCCGUUCUGCUCGGCCUCACUGUGUGCCUGGGCCUCCUCUGUUUCUACUACGGCUGGUCCUUCGCUCCGGGCUCCCGCCGCUCCGACCACGAAGAAUUCGACCCGGUUUUCGGUGGGUCCCUCGCCCAUCGUCGUCGCCGCGAGGCCGAGGCCGAGGCCGAGCCCCCCAAAAGCAUUCCUAUUUGUGAUAUGCAAUUCUCGGAGUUGAUACCUUGUCUCGAUAGAAACCUCAUUUACCAGCUGAAAUUGAAGGUAAAUUUGACACUUAUGGAGCAUUAUGAACGGCAUUGUCCCCCGCCGGAGCGGCGGUACAAUUGCUUGAUACCACCACCGUUAGGAUACAAGGUCCCGGUGAGAUGGCCUACGAGUAGAGAUGAAGUGUGGAAGGCCAACAUCCCCCAUACGUCUCUUGCAGAAGAGAAAUCGGAUCAGAAUUGGAUGGUUGUGAAUGGUGACAAGAUCAAUUUCCCCGGCGGAGGGACACAUUUCCAUACUGGAGCUGAUAAGUACAUUGUUGCUCUUUCCAAGAUGCUUAAGUUUCCUGAUUUUAAGUUCAACAACGGUGGAAAUAUUCGCAAUGUUCUUGAUGUGGGUUGUGGAGUUGCAAGUUUUGGGGCGUAUCUUCUUUCUCAUCAUGUCAUUGCCAUGUCCCUUGCUCCUAAUGAUGCGCAUGAGAAUCAGAUACAAUUUGCAUUAGAGAGGGGGAUUCCAGCAACCCUUGGUAUCUUGGGUACAAAAAGACUUACUUAUCCUAGCAGAUCAUUUGAGCUGGCUCAUUGCUCACGCUGCCGGAUAGAUUGGCUUCAAAGAGAUGGAAUCCUCUUAUUAGAGCUUGACAGGUUACUAAGACCUGGAGGGUAUUUUGUGUACACUUCUCCUGAAGCGUAUGCUCAUGAUCCUGAAAAUCAAAAGAUCUGGAAUGCUAUGUCUGAUCUUUCAAAAAGAAUGUGCUGGAAAGUUGCAGCCAAGAAAGAUCAGAGUGUUGUAUGGGCCAAGCCACUGACUAAUAGUUGUUACUUGAAGAGAGAUCCUUCGACCCAACCACCUCUGUGCAAUUCUGAUGAUGACCCAGAUGCAAUUUGGAAUGUGAGCAUGAAGACGUGCAUUUCUCAAUAUUCUGCAAAGGUGCAUAGGGAUAGAGGAAGCAGACUUGCCCCUUGGCCUCAGAGGCUUACGACACCACCCCCUCGCCUGGAGGAAAUUGGUGUCAGUCCUGAAGAAUUCCAAGAGGACACUAGCAUAUGGCAUUUUAGAGUCAUUGAAUACUGGAAGCAGAUGAAGUCUGUCAUACAGAGAAAUUCAUUCAGAAAUGUCAUGGAUAUGAAUUCACAGCUUGGUGGAUUUGCUACUGCCUUGAAUGGAAAAGAUGUCUGGGUUAUGAAUGUUGCUCCUGUCCAUGUAUCUGCCAAAUUAAAGAUUGUUUAUGAUCGGGGCUUGAUUGGAACUGUUCAUGACUGGUGUGAAGCGUUUUCCACAUACCCACGUACAUAUGAUCUUCUACAUGCAUGGGCAGUAUUUUCAGAUAUUGAGGAACGUGGAUGCAGUGCAGAGGAUCUAUUGAUUGAAAUGGAUAGGAUACUGAGACCCAAUGGGUUUGUCAUCAUAAGAGACAAACCCUCUGUUAUAAACUAUAUCCGAAAGUUUGUGACUGCCUUGAAGUGGGAUGACUGGUUAUCAGAAGUUGAACCUCGAGUUGAUGCUCUUUCCUCAGGUGAAGAGAGAGUUUUGAUUGCAAGAAAGAAGUUGUGGGAUGACUAGCAUACGACAAUGUGAUUUGGAUUUGGGUUUCAGUACAGGCCGGCUGCAAUGCAAUCCUUGUGUUUAGCCCACCCCGGUUCAAGAAAAAGAGAAUGUACAGAGACAUGAGAUAGCCAACAAAAUGUAUGUCUUGAGCCUUCAGUUGCUGGUCACGACUGAAGGCCGUGGACGUGCUUUCUUCCUUGAAUUUCAGACGGUAGGAGUGAACAAAGAGCAACAUCAAUUGUAGAAAAGCUUCCAUUAACAGGACCAGGAACCUUUUGUAUUCUGCAACUAUUUUCAAAGUCCAAGAUUGGGAAUUCAGAAAUUCAAUUUAAUAACUAUUACUCGUUUGCAUUUA